AAUAAUUGCUUUCAUGCUAUUUAGGAGUGUUUUAUCAGGGAGUGUUAAAGACUGGAGCUGGGUGUAAAACUGUAUGUCAGAAAACAGGGUUUUGUUGUCACUAUUUACUCAAAACUCUGGGAAAGUUUUCGUCGCCCCGCUACACGAGCUGGUUGGUUACACAUGUGUAGCUAGCUAGUGAGCCAGUUGUGCGAAUGAUCAUCAAAUGGUAGGGUUAAAAACAUCAUAAUUCACGGUGUCGAGGUCUUUGCUGCCGUUAUGUUGAAGUCUAAAACAUUCGUGAAGAAGACCCGCUCGGGCGGUGUGAUGAAAAUAGUGCGUGAACACUAUUUGAGAGAUGAUAUCUGGUGCGGGAGCGAAGUUUGCUCCGAGUGCAAACAGGAGUCCACGGUGCUGCAGAGAGAUGCGUGCAUUGAGAGCAACCUGUGUCCCUUCCCGCAUUACUUGGUCCCUGACACGAAUGUGGUCCUGCACCAGAUAGAUGUGUUGGAGGACCCUGUGAUCCGUAACGUGAUCAUCCUGCAGACUGUCAUGCAGGAGGUCAGGCACCGCAGCGCUCCAGUCUACAAGCGCCUGAAGGACCUCAUCCACGACAAAGAGAAACACUUUUACACCUUUACCAACGAGCACCACAGAGAGACAUUCAUAGAGCGUGAGCCGGGGGAGAGUGCCAACGACCGCAAUGAUCGCGCCAUCCGCGUGGCCGCCAAGUGGUACAGCCAGCACCUGAAGACACCCGAGGCAGAGGCAGAGGGGCUGCGGGUGGUUCUCAUCACCAACGACCAAGGGAACAAGGCGAAGGCGGAAGAGAGCGGCCUGUUAGUGUACAGAUGUGAGGAGUACAUAAAAAGUCUGAUAGCCAACCCUGAGCUUGUGGAUCGCCUGGCGCUGAGCAACAACGAGCAGAAUGAGAUCAGCAGCAGCAAGGUGUUGUUCCCAGAGCACUUGCCUCUGUCCAGGAUCCAAGCGGGCAUCAAGAGUGGCACCUUCCUCCAGGGCACCUUCAGGGCCAGCAGGGACAACUACCUGGAGGCCACGGUCUUUGUCCAGGGAGAGGGGGAAGACAGCACCGAGAUCAUCCUGCAGGGCCUUCAGAACCUGAACAGGGCGGUACACCAGGACGUGGUCGCUGUGCAGCUGCUGCCGCGGGAUCAGUGGGUGGCGCCCUCCUCGGUGGUGCUACAGGACGAUGGUGUGCCAAAGGAUGAUGAGACAAAUGAGGAAGAAGAUGGGAGGAGAAAGCGGUGAGUGUUUAAUAUUGUAGCAGCUGAAGCAGCCAGGAAGCCCACAGGCAAAGUGGUGGGAAUCAUCAAAAGGAACUGGAGGCCAUUCUGUGGCAUGCUCAAUGUCUCCCAGAUCAAAGAGUCAACCCGGCACCUAUUCACCCCAGCAGACCGCCGCAUCCCACGCAUCCGUAUCGAGACACGUCAGGCGUCCACAUUGGCAGGCCAGAGGAUCAUGGUGGCCAUUGACGGCUGGCCCAAACACUCCAGAUACCCAAAUGGUCAUUUUGUGCGCAGUCUGGGCAGUGCAGGGGACAAGGAGACGGAGACAGAGGUGCUGCUGCUGGAGCAUGACGUCCCUCACCAGGCCUUCUCUCAGGCUGUGCUCAGUUUCCUUCCCAAGAUGCCCUGGACCAUCACACCAGAGGACAUGGUGAAGAGAGAGGACCUGAGGCAGCUGACAGUGUGUAGUGUGGAUCCUCCAGGAUGUACUGACAUAGACGACGCCUUGCACUGCAGAGAGCUGGACAAUGGAAACUUUGAGGUGGGCGUCCACAUCGCCGAUGUCAGUCACUUCAUCAGACCUGGCAACGCUCUCGACAAAGAAGCUGCCAACCGUGGCACCACUGUCUACUUGUGUGGCAGGAGAAUAGACAUGGUUCCUGAACUGCUCAGCUCCAAUCUGUGCUCUCUGCGGUCCAAUGUGGAGAGGAUGGCUUUCUCGUGUAUCUGGGAGAUGAAUCACAAUGCUGAGAUUCUAAAGACCCGGUUUACAAAAAGUGUCAUUAACUCCAAGGCGUCUCUGACCUACGCUGAAGCUCAGAUGAGAAUUGACGACACCUCCAUGAAUGAUGACAUCACCAAGAGCCUGCGAGGCCUCAACAAACUGGCCAAGAUCCUCAAGAGGCGGAGGAUAGAGAACGGUGCACUGACAUUGUCAUCCUUGGAGGUGCGCUUCCACAUAGACAGUGAAACCCACGACCCCAUCGAUCUCCAGACCAAAGAACUCAUGGAGACCAACUCCAUGGUGGAGGAGUUCAUGUUGCUGGCCAACAUUUCAGUCGCGCAGAAGAUCUACGAUGAAUUCUCAGAGUGCGCCCUGCUGAGGAAGCACCCGGCACCGCCUCCCUCGAACUACGACAUCCUCAUCAAGGCUGCCAAGUCCAAGGGCCUGGAGAUCCACACGGAUUCGGCCAAGGCAUUGGCAGACUCCCUCGAUGUGGCCAAGGUGGACGGUUUCUCUUACUUCAACACACUUCUGCGCAUCCUGGCCACUCGCUGCAUGAUGCAGGCUGUGUAUUUCUGCUCAGGCAUGGACAGCGACUUCCACCACUAUGGUCUUGCCUCGUCGAUUUACACCCAUUUCACGUCACCUAUUAGGAGGUACUCGGACAUCAUAGUACACCGUCUGUUGGCAGUUGCCAUAGGAGCAGACAGCACUUACCCAGACCUGAUGGACAAACACAAGCAGUCUGCCCUGUGCAACAACCUCAACUACAGACACAAGAUGGCUCAGUAUGCGCAGAGGGCCUCUGUGGCCUUCCACACACAGUUGUUCUUCAAGAACCGAGGCAUCCUGAAUGAGGAGGGAUUCAUCCUCUUUGUCAGGAAGAACGCAAUCAUCGUCCUCAUCCCCAAGUUCGGCCUCGAAGGAACUGUUUUCUUUGACGGCAAGGGCAAGACUGGCGUAAACCUCAGAUUUGAUGAAGAGGUCCCCAGUCUGACAGUAGAGCAGCACACCUUCCACAUGUUUGACAAGGUGAACGUGACAAUCAGCCUGGACGACUCCAAUAUUCAGCACCAGAAGAUCCGAAUGGCCCUGCUUGAACCCGUGAUUCCUGGUGUGAGUGUUCCAGCCCCAGAGGUUGAACCACAGCCGAAGAAACCUAAACUUGACCGCUGACACAGAAAGCAGUGCAGCAUUUCAAUCGCACCAGCAGUGUCAUCUUGAAGAAUGAGACCAUGUCUUAUUGAUGCAUUAGCACACUGUUUUACUUAGAGCUGUUAUGUGUAUUUUUUUUACUAGUUCUGACACAGUGAAAGUACACUGCCAUUCUCUCCAGUCUCACACUCACUACCCUGGUCCUGCACUAGUCAUUUUGCAUGAAUUUAAAUACAUAUUUGUUCGUAGGCAUGAACAGGGUGCGGGAAGUGCCUAACAUAAAUGCAGUGUGACUUGUGAUAUUUAACAGUGUAGUGGGCGACUCAACCAUUAAAGAGUUUCAUUUUGAUUUUUAA